GGAACUGGUACGGAGUACACCAUGAGAUGGUCCGUGCCGGCCCGAGAGCUCGAAAUCUUCCCGCAAGAUUAUUCCCUGCGCAACCUUGUAACACCUCCCCCGAACCUCCGCAGCAUUGACACUCGAUUUGUUUUCACAUGUUCUGGGCUUGAUCUCAUCACCAUAAAAACUUUUAGAGCCCUGCAUUGAGCAUGCGAGCUCGCACCGUACCGGCCACCGGGCUGAUUCUCACGCGACCGUCGUCGACCUCCGUGUGUUCCCAAUGCCUCCGUGAAGACCUCCACUCAUCCUACACCUUUAUUCAAUCCCGAAAAUACCACCCGACCCGCCGGAAGGAUGCUUCCCCAUUCGGUGCCGCCGUGUCAGCCGCCCAGGCCAUCCUCAAGGGCAUGCCAAAGGGACCUCAGGGCAUCUCAGUCGACCCGUUACGCAUGGUUGGCAAGGAAUUGAAGUUUCUCAGCAAGAACAUCCGCCAAUUGCUGGGGUCAGGCCACCCAGCCUUAGAUAAGGUCGCUAAAUACUAUACACACAGCGAGGGCAAGCACAUGCGGCCGAUGCUGGUCCUGCUCAUGUCCCAGGCGACAGCGUUGGACCCUCGGAAGCAAACGAAUCCUGCCAGCCCAAGCCCUGUUGAUAUCCCGCUUAGCUCGCCAUCAAUCCUCGACGAUUCCAACCCAAACAUUAAUCCACUCGUAUCCCGAAAUGCCGAGAGCGAGUACAGCUUUGCUGGUGACGACAACAUUCUCCCUUCACAGCGCCGUCUAGCUGAGAUCACUGAACUCAUUCAUACUGCCUCCCUCCUUCACGACGAUGUCAUCGAUAACGCCGUGACCCGUCGCGCCAACAGCUCGGCCAACUUAGCCUUCGGAAACAAGAUGGCGGUGCUGGCAGGUGAUUUCUUGCUCGGUCGCGCCUCCGUGGCUCUGGCCCGGCUGCGCGACCCAGAAGUCACCGAGCUGAUGGCCACUGUGAUCGCCAACCUGGUGGAGGGCGAAUUUAUGCAGCUGAAGAACACCGCCCAGGAUGAGGCCAACCCGCAAUACACCGAUGAGACCCUGUCAUACUACCUGCAAAAGACUUAUCUGAAGACUGCCAGUCUGAUCAGCAAGUCGUGUCGCUCUGCUGCCGUUCUAGGCCGCAGUGCGCCCGAGGUUAUCGAGGCCUCUUACGCGUAUGGUCGCAAUCUGGGCCUGGCGUUCCAGCUAGUGGAUGACAUGCUGGAUUAUACCGUUACUGAGGCUGAACUGGGCAAGGCCUCCGGAGCUGAUUUGGAGCUGGGUUUGGCUACUGCGCCGCUUUUGUUUGCUUGGAAGAGCAACCCUGAACUCGGACCGUUGGUUGGCCGCAAGUUCCGCGAGGAAGGCGAUGUGCAGCGGGCCCGUGAGAUUGUCUACCGCAGUGAUGGUGUGGAGCAAACGCGUCGCUUGGCCCAAGAAUACGCCAAUAAGGCCGUUGAGGCCAUCAGCGACUUCCCCGACUGUGAGGCCAAGACUGGUCUGAUCGAUAUGUGUGACAAAACCAUGCGGCGGCGCAAGUAAGUGGAAGUCCACUGGAGGAUUGUACCCUUUUUUGUAAACAUAUAUAUUUCUUUGAUCUUUUCCCCUCUUUUCUUUCAAGCUUUCAUUUCGAGAGAACAUGUAUACAUAUCUUAGAAUGCGCUGGUUCUAGAGCAAGGACUUGGGACUAUUUUGGCUUGAAUGUGCAUGAUAUAGGGAGUUGAUCUCUAGAAUAACGCAAAUAACGGA